GCGAGGGCGGAGAGGGGGAGACGGAGGGGAAGAAGGACACCGCGUCGGAGGAGGGGGGAGAGGCCAAGGCGGUGAAGGCGGCGCGGCGACCCAGGAUCAUGCAGAUCAGAGUCAGCCUGCUGGACCACACUCUGUUUGAGUGUGAGCUGGAUAAACAUGCCAAAGGCCAGGACCUGUUUGUGAGGGUGUGUGACCACCUCAACCUGCUGGAGAGAGACUACUACGGCCUGGCCAUCUGGGAGACCCCCAGCAUGAAGGUCUGGAUGGACUUCACCAAGGAGAUCCGUCGGCAGGUGCAAGGCACCGACUACAACUUCACCUUCAAUGUGAAGUUCUACCCCCCUGACCCUGCCCAGCUGUCGGAGGACAUCACAAGGUACUACCUGUGUCUCCAGCUCCGUAAGGACAUCCUGGCGGGCCGGCUACCCUGCUCCUUCGUCACCCUGGCGCUGCUGGGGUCCUACGCCCUGCAGUCGGAGCUGGGCGAGUACGACGCCGAGACGCACCCCCCCGACUACGCCAAGAGCAUGAAGCUGGCUCAGGGCCAGACCACGGAGCUGGAGGAGAAGAUGAUGGAGCUGCAUCGCACCUACAGAUCGAUGAGCCCAGCGCAGGCGGACAUGAUGUUCCUGGAGAACGCCAAGAAGCUCUCCAUGUACGGAGUGGACCUCCACCAGGCCAAGGACCUGGACGGGGUCGACAUCACGCUGGGUGUGUGCUCCAGUGGGCUGAUGGUGUACAAAGACAAGCUGCGGAUCAACCGCUUCCCCUGGCCCAAGGUGCUGAAGGUGUCCUACAAGCGCAGCAGCUUCUUCAUUAAGAUCAGGCCCUCUGAGCUGGAGCUAUACGAAAGUGCCAUCGGCUUCAAGCUACCGAACUACAAGGCGGCCAAGAAGCUCUGGAAGGUUUCUGUGGAGCAUCAUACAUUCUUCAGGCUGACCUCCACGGAGGUGGCGACCACGCCCAGGAAGUUCCUGGCCCUGGGCUCCAAGUUCCGGUACAGCGGGCGGACGCAGGCCCAGACGCGCCAGGCCAGCUCGCUGAUCGACCGGCCCGCCCCGCUCUUCCAGCGCUCGUCCAGCAAGAGGAACUCCCGGAGCCUGGACGGAGCCAUGGCGACCACCCCGGACAAGAACAGCCGUCCCGUCAGCGCGCCCAUCAUGUCCCCCGUGUCGCCGGACGCGGCCCCCUCGCCGCUGCCCUCCGGGGGCCCCCCCCUGAGGGGCCUGCAGCGCCACAUCGCCGCCCCCAAAGAGCGCCAGUCACGCUCCGCCGACAGGAGGGCCACCAACGUGAAGACGGAGAGGCCCCCCGAAGCCACCAAGACCCAGAGCCCCCGACCCGAGUCCACGCCGGACAUCAAGUCGGUGGCCAGGAGGGAGCGGAGGCCCUCCCCCGCCCUGAACGCCACCAACGGGGAGAGAGAGAAGAAGAGCCAGGUGUGUGUGUACAGAAACAAGGCAGAGAUGGUGCGAGGGAGGAAGAAACGAGCUAAGAAACUAGAGGGAGAAACUAUUUAUAUCAGGCAUAGCAAUUUAAUGUUGGAGGACGUGGACAAGACCCAGACGGAGAUCAUGCGGCACCACACCAGCGUGAGCGAGCUGAAGAGGAGCUUCAUGGAGUCGGUGCCGGCGCCGCGGCAGAGCGAGUGGGACAAGCGCCUGUCCACCAACUCCCCGUUCCGCACGGCCAGCUUCAACGGCCAGAUGCCGCCGGGGUCUCCAGUGCAAAGGACUCAAACCAUCACCAUCUCCGACGUCACCAACUCCCUGCGCGGGACGCUGGCCAACCAGGACGUCCCCAUCCUGCACACCGAGACCAAGACCAUCCUGUACGAGUCAGCGCAGUCGGCAGACACCAUGGGGAACGAGAGGGACUCCACCCUGCUGCUGAACGCCCAGACCAUCACCUCAGAGACCGUCAGCCGCACCACCACCACGCAGAUCACCAAGACCGUGAAAGGAGGCGUCUCAGAGACCCGUAUCGAGAAGAGGAUCGUGAUCACCGGGGACACAGAGAUCGAUCACGAUAAGGCGCUGGCCCAGGCCAUCAAGGAGGCCAAGGAGCAGCACCCGGACAUGUCCGUCACCAAGGUGGUGGUCCACCAGGAGACGGAGAUCAGCCCGGACUAGAGAGGCCCCGAGCAGGCCGGGGCCCUGGGAGCGGAGUCACAACCAUGUCCUGGAGCUCGGCUCUCCUGCCCCUAGCGUCUCCCUUCUC